AUGGCCAAGAUCAUCACAUUCGUGCUGAUCGUGCAAACGGCUUGCGGCGUCUUUCUCAAGCUCCACGUCCUUGAGGGAACUGUCAGGCCGUGGGUGAAGCGCGUCCACGGGCCGCUCGGCAUGGCCUUCCCCGUGAUCGGGUGGACGCAGAUGCUGUUCGGCGUCGCGACUGCGUUCGGGUACUGCCGCGGCGGCAAUCUGGGGCAGUGCGCCGCACACUACAUCAUGGGCAGUGCCUUUAUCGGCUACGCUGCGAUUCUGGUGAUCAUGCUGAAUCUCGGCGGACGGUGGUUGGCACGGACGGGCCAAUCCCAGGAAAUGUUGGAUUCAGCGGUGAUUACGGUGUGGGGCAUCAUCAACACGUUCACGGAGCACCAUGGCGGCCCAUGGACACACAAGGACAUGCAGCACACCAUGAUGGGCGUCCUGUGGUGGGCUGGCGGCAUGCUAGGCCUCUUCCUGAGUCGCAAGGGGCGGCGCAGUUUCGUCCCCGCCGCCAUCAUCGUCAUGACCGGGUGGGGCAUGAGCGCGCACACCCAGAGUCUCAUGAUCAGCACAAAGAUCCACGCCAUGUUCGGGUACGCUUUAAUGGCGGCGGGGGUUUGUCGGAUCAUCGAAGUCUGCUUCGUGCUGCACGACCAGCCGACGCCGCCCGGGCUCGCGCGCGUGUUCCAGCAAUUACCGCCCUAUCUGCUCACGCUGGGCGGCACAUUGUUCAUGAGCGCGACAGACGAGGAGCUCCGGCACGCCGACGACGUCGGCAUCGACUACGUCUCGUAUGCCCUGUUCGACUUUUCGCUGUCGUUCAUCAUCUACCUCGUCAUCAGCGGGUUGGUGCACCUCUACGCGACGACGGGGCGCAACGCGGCCAAGUACGCCGAGCUCGACACUGUCAACGCGGAUGCCGAGGGAUACGCGAAACUGAACCAGAACCCGCACACCAAUGGCGGGCCGAGGGAGGUCCUCCAUGAUGUGGGCGAGGAGGAGGAUGAUGGACCGGAGGCGUACGAGUUGACGGACCGCGGGAGCCAUUCGGGCGACAGCGACGCGGUCAAGAUUGGCGGAGAGGACGAGGUCGAUUGGCUCGCUAGGGGAGCCAGGGGGCAAGGUGUUAGGCUGUGA